GGUUUUUUCUUUUUUUUUUUUUUAAAAAAAAAGAAAGGUAGAAAACAAAAGGGGUCAAUACAAAUGGGUGAAGAAGCAACGAGAGGAAACCCUCUCUCCCAGAAGAGUCUGAAAGCUUGCUAUGCUAUGAAAUGAGCAACCCAGUUGCAAUCACUAAACAUAAAUGAUAAAACCAUUACAAAAUCUAUCUUUCAUCUCUUUCCUAAUAUCCAAAACCAGGUUCUCAAACUCACCAAAAGCUUGAUUGUCUGCACUCACCAUCUUCACUGCCGUUUGGCAGUCUUACAACACCUUGGAGUUUCUCAGGUGAACUCGUCGAGCUUCCUUGAUUACUUCCCUGAUUGCACCGAGCUCAUCCGCAAGCGGAGACAAUGCUACGCACCCAUGGAGUCCCCCCAAACAUCCAUUAAAAGCGAAUGAUUUUGUAGUUCUCUUUGAAAAUGGUUCUGUUGUUGAGCCUACCCUCUGUUUGUUUUCCUCCAAGACCCUCUUUGUUACACUCGACAUCAACAAGAAUGGAUCUCAAGGCCCCACACUCCGAGAUGAACAGGUCCAGAGCUUCUUUCCCAGAUUUUAACAAUAGAAAACUUCCCAUUCUCCUCUUCGACAUAAUGGAUACCAUUGUUCGUGACCCUUUUUACCACGAUGUUCCUGCCUUCUUCAGAAUGUCUAUGAAGGAACUAAUCGAAUGCAAACACCCAACUGCGUGGCUGGAAUUCGAAAAGGGGACAAUUGAUGAGGUAGAGCUAGCCAGAAAGUUCUUCAAAGAUGAAAGGCCAUUGGACUUGGAAGGUCUCAAAAACUGUAUGAAAAGCGGAUAUUCCUACCUUGAAGGAGUUGAAGAAUUGCUUAAUGCACUUAAAAACAACAACUAUGAGAUGCAUGCUUUUACCAACUAUCCCACCUGGUGUGAAAUGAUUGAAGACAAGUUAAAAAUCUCAAGAUAUAUCUCCUGGACAUUCUGCUCCUUUAAGAAUGGAAAGAGGAAGCCUGAUCCUGAUUUUUAUUUGGAGGCUGUGGAACAUCUUGAAGUUGAUCCAGCAAACUGCGUAUUUGUGGAUGAUAGGAUGAAAAAUGUGGAGGCUGCCAUAGCUGUUGGUAUAGUUGGUCUUCAUUUUAAGAAUGCAGAAACACUGCGUCAGGAUCUGUCUCUCAUGGGCAUUGACGUUUCAGAUAAUGUUGAAGUUAACCAAACUGGGGAUCAGUAAAGUUUACUGAAGACAACUUGUAUUAAUUCAUUCACAACAAGCAAUAUAUAUCAUUCUUUGCUUGAACACUGUCUGUUGUUAUCAAGCUUCAACCUCAGAACAAAAAAGACGUGUCGUCACACCAAAUAUAGUAUUUACCAAAAUUCAAUCAUGGGUUAAAAUUUGGUUGCUACUAAUUUUGUUCGAGAGUAAUAAUUAUAAUUCUUAAAAUAUUCAAUUUGUAGCACUCGUCAUUUUCAACUUGGUCUUUAUACCCUGAAUUUUAUUUUGCUGUUAAAAUGGUGAACACGUUCAACUCUAUAUAAUAUGUGAUGUUAUUCUUUGUUAA